AUGCUUCUCUUCACCCGACUACUUCAGGCAAUUUCAGUGCUGCUGUUUAUAGGAACCGCAUAUGCCGAGCAUACCUCCAAUUGGGCUGUACUCGUUUCAACAUCCAGAUUCUGGUUCAACUACCGCCAUCUCGCUAAUGUCUUGUCCCUUUAUCGUACCGUGAAGCGCCUCGGCAUUCCCGAUUCUCAGAUCAUUCUCAUGCUUCCCGAUGAUAUGGCUUGCAACCCACGCAACGCAUUUCCGGGUACUGUCUAUAGUAAUGCCGACCGUGCAGUGGACCUUUACGGCGACAACAUCGAGGUUGAUUAUCGGGGGUACGAAGUCACAGUGGAGAACUUCAUCCGCCUGUUGACCGAUCGGUUGGACGAAGACGUGCCUCGCAGCAAGCGACUCGGAUCCGAUGCUGGCAGCAAUGUAUUGGUCUACAUGACAGGUCACGGAGGAGACCAAUUCCUCAAAUUCCAGGACGCUGAAGAGAUUGGCGCGUGGGACUUGGCUGAUGCGUUCGGACAAAUGUGGGAGAAGAAGCGCUACCAUGAACUUUUGUUCAUGAUUGACACAUGCCAGGCGAACACGAUGUUCACGCAUUUCUAUUCGCCGAACAUCGUCGCCACAGGUUCCAGUGAGCUUGAUCAGUCGUCGUACUCUCAUCAUGCGGACAACGACGUUGGCGUUGCGGUCAUCGAUCGCUGGACCUAUUACGUGCUGGAAUUCUUGGAGACACAGGUCACAAGUGCCAACUCAAAGUUGACCCUAGGAGAUCUCUUUGACUCUUACGACUUGUCAAAGAUUCACUCGCAGCCGGGUGUCCGUUGGGAUCUCUUCCCCGGCGGCGAGCAGGAAGGUCGCUUGCGUACGGUGGUGGAUUUCUUCGGCAAUGUACAAGAUGUGGAGAUUGAAAACGCCAAUGCCACCGACCCGGGAUCGCUCAAAGAGGACCUUGCUGAGAUCGCGCGGCUUAUCGAGAAGUGGCGGACGCGUGACGCCGAAUACGCCGCCAUCAUCGGCAACUCAACAUCUCCAAGCGCAGACGCCCACUCGUCUACCGUGCAUUUGAAAACCAAAAGAGCAGUCGGUCCCACCAAAAUGGCCGACGAAAGCAGCUGGGGUAAGCGCCUCGUUGGCCUUUCUGUUGUUGGAGCUUGCACCGCCGUUUGGGUGGCGGGCACGAUACUUGGUCGAAGCGCAUAG